CGGAUGACAAAAGAUGAUCAACAAUUGACGUUGGUAGAGCUAUCGCUGUACAAUACUGAUUUCCGUUGCAAUAAUAAGCAGGCCUAAAGUAAUCUCUGGGUGAUCUCACUCAGCAGAUGGAAAGUAAGACCAUAAAGCAAACUCCCUCAGUUGAAUCUCCUGUGUUCCCUUCAGCUCAUCACAUGCCUUCGUCUGGUGGUCAGCCUCCUGUAUCUGUUAGGAGACCCCCAUCCUCUGGCCCUCCUCCUAUUCCGUCUAGAGUAGAUCUUGGCGAGGCACCAGUGGAUGCCGCCAGCUCCAUUAAAAAGCCAAGCAGAGAUGACUUACCAAGUAAAGGAUCUCCAAAACUCAGGCCCAAAGGGAGACCUGAAAUUACCAUUGUGUCAGCAAGACCGAUGGAUUCCGCAGGUGUUAUACCUCCUCCGUCAGUCACCAGUCCACCAGCAACCGAGAUACCCAAAGUCCCGCAAAAGCCAGGCCGAAAACCAAAGGGCCGUGAACCGCCACCUAGACCUAAGAGCCGUCCAGUGAGUGAACUCACACUGGGAACAGAUGAACAAGAUGAGGGGUCAGUGGCUAGAGAAGGAGAAAGAGUUGAAGGAGAGUUAGAAGGGAACACAAGAGAAUCCAAGGUGCUCAAGGCACCUAUUGUUCCACCAGUUGGGUCACCAACUGUUCCACUCCGUAAGGUGCCAGCAAUCAAAUCUAAGACUAGUGACGUUUCUGGAGAGAAUUCCAACCUGGGUGUGGACGAUAAAUCGGAGUUGUCUCGCAAACCAGAGAUGGUGAAAGACGAUCACGCUGUAAAGAAGCCUGCUGCGGCAAAGCCAACCGUUGUCAGAGCAAAACCUAAAGAAAGCACAGAAAAUGACUCAAAACCGUCUGGUGAGGUUGGAGGGGUGAAAGAAACGAAGUUGGACAGCAAUUCUGUUGCAGCUGAAGGUGCAACUACAGCGGGAAAGAGGAUUAAACCCACAGUAAUUAUCGCUGCUCCUAAACCUGCCAAGAAGAAGGAACCAGAAACAGAGGCGCCAAAAGGAAAGGAUGAAGGAAGGGAGCCCAGCAAUGAACAACCAACAGCUGUUACAGGAGGAAAGCCCCCUCCUCCCGCCAAGAAACCCAAACCACCUGUCAAAGCAAAACCUUCAAGCGCGUUAGAAACACCCACUAAACCAUCAACAGAGGAAAACAAGCCGGAGACUACAGUAGUUUCUAAACCAAGGGUGAAGCCGACUGUGAUAGUGGCAGCUAAACCUUCUAAGAUGAACGACGCAGCGAAGCCUGACGAGGAAUCUUCCAAGAGCAAGGAAGAAAGUCAAGCUCGUUUGAAACCAACUGCGACUGCUGCACAUGUGGAGGCGAAACAACAAGCGCAUGACGAAGAAAAGGCAGCCGCUGCUCCAUCUGUGAAACCUAAGCGCGCACCCACUGUCAUAAGAGCGGCACCCCGGCCUGAUGUGCAGGACACUGGCGAGGAACGGAAACCACCCAAAAGGCCGCAGAGAGGACCAAGCAUAAGGGCACCUCCCCGACGACCUGUUAGUGCUCCUGCUGAGGAGAACAAGGAGCGAGAAAAACUCGCGGCGGAUGGUCAAGACGAACCAGCCGCGGCUGUCUCUGGACAGGUGGGGGUGCAAGAGAAGGCACCAAGGCCGCCGAGGCCUGUGAGCAUACCCGGAGUUAAAGAAAACGGAACAUUGAAAGAUGUAAAGAAAACCAAGGAAGCAGCAUCUCCAGUAGAGGAGUCGACCGCUAUGACUAGAAAAGGCUCGAAGAAAAGGCCUCCUCCACCCAGACCUCCCACGGUGGAACCUGUCGGAGAGAAAGUGGAUUCGACUCCAGAGACACAAAAUAAAACGGAAGACUUGAAUGAAAAAUCCAAAGCCAGAACCAGACCCCCUCCUCCCAGGCCUCCCGCAGUGGAUAAUUCAAGUGAUAAAGAGGCAUCGGCGCCAGAGAUACUCGAUAAGACCGCACCGCAAGACAGUGAUGAAAAGUCAAAAAAGAAAAACAGACCUCCCAGGCCGGCCUCUAAGGUUUUAGAUGAUAAACCUUCCAAACACUUACACGGAGAAACAGAAGAAAGUCGCGCGCAAGAGAAACCUAAGCCGGUCAGACCUGCUCCAGUAGCUCCCAACGAAUCAAGUGUCAAUAACAAAAAUGUACACGAAGCUGAGACGCGAACAGUGGCAGAGUCAACACGUGACGAUCACGUGCAAGAAACGUCGCAUGCACGUGACUCUGCACGAGAAGUAGCUCCUUCCACUGCUGAAAUUCACGAAAAGGAAAAGAGUCAGAAGGCGUCAUCGAAGGCCAAACCAAAACCUGCCAGACCUCCGUCUUCAACAUCCUCGACAAAGAACAAACCGCAUAGACCGUCAGCGCCUGUCGUCAAGGAUACCAAGGAGCCAGUGGAAACGACCGCUCCAACGCAAGUGCCAUCAGUCUGUGAGACGUACAUUGAACCCUCUGCCAUUGCUCUGUAUGAUUAUGAGCCUACUGCAAUAGAUGACCUGUCUUUUAAGGCCGGAGAUGAAAUAGUGCUUUUGAAGAGGAUAGACGAUGAAUGGUAUAUCGGUCGCCUUGGAGACCAGGAGGGAAUGUUCCCGGUCAAAUUUGUUGAAAUCAUCGAGGAUCUUCCGAAAGAAAAUGAGCCUGAAACCAAGCCUGUGGUAGCGCCUGAAAGUUCUCCAUUUGAUGUGAUGUCUUUGUACGAUUUCCAUGGAAACGAAGAAGAUGGCGAGCUUGUAUUCGCUGCAGGAGAGGCUAUUCACGUGAUCGAAAAAAUCAAUGACGAUUGGCUAAGAGGUGAAUACCUCGGAAGGACUGGGGCCUUUCCGUGUGGUUUCGUUGACAUUAGCACAGAACUCAUUGAUAAAUUACCUCAAAGUGAACCAAGUGAGACAGUUCCCAAAACCAGUGAAGAAGAAUCUAACGAACUGGAGCUUGACUUGUACUGCAAAGCGCUGUUCGACUUCAUUAGUGAUGUCCCGGAUGAUCUUAGUUUUCAAGCGGGAGAUGUCAUCAAAAUCAAGAAGAAAAUAAGCGAAGAGUGGUUUAAAGGCGAAAUUAAUGGACACGUGGGAAUGUUUCCAGCCGCUUAUGUGGAAAUGGUCAAAGAUAUGCCACAGGAAGAGACUCAGCCAGACGACACAGAGCAUCGCGAGAUCGAGUAUGGUACCGCGCUGUACGACUUUACUGGCUCAGCUAUUGACGAAUUGUCAUUCAAGAAAGGAGACAAAAUAGAAAUCACAGAAAGAGUUGGCGAAGACUGGCUAAGAGGGAAACAUAAUGGACGGGAGGGAAUGUUACCUCGAGCUUUCGUUCAGCUUUCGAAAGUGGAACUAGAGCCUGCCUUACAAUCUACGAUAAAAAGUAACAAUCUAACAGCGAAGGCCAAGGCUUUGUUUGACUUUGAUGGAGAAUAUGAAGACGAGCUGUCUUUCAGGGCUGAAGACGUCAUUGUCUUGCUGGAGCGUGUCAACGAUGAGUGGUUUCAAGGAGAACUAAACAAGAAAGUCGGCCGAUUUCCGGCAGCGUUUGUCGAAAUUCUGACACCAUUACCUUGAGCUGGGUUUGAAAGAAAGAAGUAAUAAACUGUUUCUAAGGUAACCUGCGUGGUCCUAUUGGCGCGAGACGACGAAAUCAACAAGAAGACGGAGCCAACCUCGAUCCUAGGUUCUCUCUCCUUGUCAUUGAGGUAAAGGAGGGAGAGCCUGGGAACGAGGUUGGACUGGAACCCCCUCAUGACUUCAUCAUGGCUUUCACUCCUAUUUUGCCAUCGCGCGGGUGAAAUGGCAGCUUGGACAGGUUACUUUCAAAGAAACUAUUGUUCUAGGUCGGUUGGCAAGUAAAAAAAAAUACAGGCGAACGGAGUCCAAUUUUUUUUCGCGCUCGGUAUUUCGUCCUCACAGGUUAGAAAACAAAACUCCAGAUUGUAAUAACAAAAUUCAACUAAGUGAGUUUGAAUAACGUCGACAUUAACUAUAAUUUUAGAUAUUUGUGCUCGCGUGGAUCUGGCCACUAAGAAUUAUUUUUACAGUAGCUAUAUUGUUAUUUUGCGUGAAUAGCGUGAAUCAGCCCCAGUUAGGCUAACAGGAUCAUUAAUUUCGUUUCAUACUCGGUGUGUAUUUUUUAGCAAUAUUAAAACAUGACGCUUCCGCGGCGACAUGUCACCAUUAUCAAAUACAAUUAAUUAGUAUAAAUACAAUUUGUAUUUAAGUCAUUUUAAAAUGAAAUGAAUUUUGAAAUUGAGAAAUAAACACCAAGUUGUGUAACAACAAUAUGUACUGAAGGGAUACUUAACAAAUUGUGAUGUGUAAUAUUUCAAAACGUCUUUGGUAUCGCUUGCGAAAACAUUGGAUGUAAUUAGUGCAAAGGUAAUUGAAAAUAGAAAUCUUUAUUAAACUAUUUUUUGUAA